UCCUUGCAAACGAAAAAUUCUUACUCAAUUUACAUGAAGAGGGAAGUCUAGAUUAUCUUCGACCUACUGCACAACAUCACUUACCAUAUUUAUCGUAGACUAAAUGAAGAGGACAGAACAUCACACACUGUCAACAGGGAACUAAUAAUCUGAAGAAUGGAACUACAUUUCUCCACCUUCAGUCAUGGCUGGAUCAAGUUUGGCUACUACGACUAUAAUGGAGUAGAAGGAUACAUCAUAAAUGUGGUGACCUUCAUUACCAUCUGCUUCGGCCUCCCUUUGACCCUCGUUGCCAUCUACUCUCUCUAUUCUUUGGUACAAAAGGAUCAUGUCGCUCCGAUCUACGUCAUCAACCUCCUCAUUUCAGACCUCAUUCAGGUCUUCUGCAUGGUCGUUUGGGUGGCACAACCUGAAGACAUUGACAUAUAUGGAUACGUCUAUUAUGUUUACUACUUUGGUGUGGUGGCCAGUGUGUGCUUCAUGGUGUGCAUCGCCCUGGAAAGGUACUUGGUCAUCGCCUGGCCACUGUGGUACCGCUUCAAACGAACCAUCAAGAUCUCUGUGGUGGUCUCUGCUGUAAUCUGGGCUGUUACUCUUGUCUAUCUCCUCACUUACCCUUACUGGGUUAAAAUACGGGCCGUAAAUAUCAUCUCAGGUAUCUUUUUCCUUCUUCCCCUCCCACUGUUCAUAUUCUUCCUCGGUGGGAGCCUCAAAGCCCUGUCCGCUUCCAUCGCAGUCCCCUCUGAUGAAAAACGACGUGUUGUGGGCAUUUUGGUCCUGGUGCUGCUUAUUUACGCGCUGCUGUUCCUGCCAAGUGUCAUCUCCCCCCUGGCUCAGAAUGUCGAUAAUUACGAAACCCUACAUAACCUGGCCCUUCUGUUUGUCAGGUUGAGUCCUCUUGCAGACUUAGUUCUGUAUGUUUUCAUGAGGAAAGGGGCCAUAGACAAGCUGUUGGCCUCUGUGUGUUGUUGCAGAAUGGACAACGAUGAUACUAGCAGUUCAGCAGUAUGAAUGAUGACAACAUGUCCACAGUCAGCAUCAAGGCAGAGAGAGAGUGAGACAGACGAAACAGAAGGAGACGUGUAAAUAGAAGGGAUAGAAACAGAAAAGAAAUUAUUAUUCAUUGUGUAUUAAUUUUGAUUGUGUUCUGAUUCACUGUGCUCAUAAUAGCCGACAUGCCUUCUUAUUCCUUAACCUUUAUUUUGACUGUUGAUGUAUAAGAGCAUCUUAACAGUUUUGGUUUUGGUCUCCUAUUCACAUUUGUUUUUCCCAGGUAAAAGUAAUGGAUGCCUAUUUAAACUUUUUUUCUAGUUUGUUAGUUUUAGUUUUUUGUACCACACUAUUUUGGGUGUGGAGUGUUCUGCAUGCUAGUUCUAAGGAUGUGAUUCAGAGCAGGUAUUCUGCAGCAGCUGUUGUGUGCUUGAAAAUGUGGAUUAUUUUUUUAUUUCUCAU